UUUUUUUUUUUUCCACCCCACCGUUUCUUUCUGGUAUUAUUGUAAUUUUGUGCGAAAGGAAGUUAUGAACAACUGCAAGUCAGGAAGUGGAAAUCCACACCGGUUGUGACAAGCUGGGGCUGAGAACUAUUUCAUUAUUUAUAUAGAUGUGUCGAUCAACAUUCUGCUUUUCAUCCAAAGAAUAAAGGGAAAUACCGGCUUGUCCUAUGUUUGAUGGUGAAUGACAGACUGCAUCUGAGGAAAGGAAGGACUAAAUAUAUCAGCUAAGAACAACACUGUUAUUUAUUGAACUCAGUAGACCUUUUUUUUUUUCUUUUUUUUUUUUUAACCCAAAGACUGUUUGAGGAAAAGAUUUAAUGGGUCAUUGAAAGGGGAAAAAAAUGUGAAAGGCCCUUGUGCUUGUGAAAUGCAGCUAUCCUCAAAACGGGAGCCGUGCUUGUAAGACAGACAUUCAAAUUAAGGCUUUUCAUGACGAAUUUUCUAUCCUAUGGAUAUCAGUUUUGCGAUUGCAAACCCAGAAGAUCUAUACUUGAUCUAGCACCAGAUAAGUUCAAUGCCUAGUAUUCCCCGGGAUUGCUGGAGUACCCGAGGAGCUGCGUCGGACUGUACUCGGGGUAUGCCAUGGGCUGUAUUCAGAGCAUUAGCUGCAAAUCCAAAGUUUUCCGGGAAAGCAUUUCAGUGGUUGAAGUCAAAGCUUCCAUCGAUCCCGUUCCCACCAGCAUAGACGAGUCGUCCAGCGUGGUCCUGCGCUACCGGACCCCGCACUUCCGAGCCUCCGCGCAAGUGGUGGUGCCCCCUCUUCCCAAGAAGGAGACCUGGAUCGUGGGCUGGAUUCAGGCGUGCAGCCAUAUGGAAUUUUACAAUCACUACGGGGAGCAGGGAAUGUCGAGCUGGGAGCUUCCGGAUCUACUAGACGGCAAAAUCCAGGCCAUAAGUGACUCAGACGGAGUGAACUAUCCCUGGUACGGAAACACCACAGAAACCUGCACCAUCGUGGGCCCCACCAAGAAGGAAUCCAAGUUCAACAUCAGCAUGAACGACAACUUCUACCCGAGCGUCACGUGGGCCGUGCCCGUGAGCGAGAGCAACGUGGCCAAACUCACGAGCAUCCACCGGGAUCAGAGCUUCACCACGUGGCUGGUGGCAACCAACACGGCCACCAACGAGAUGGUGACCUUGCAGACUAUCAAGUGGCGCAUGAGGCUGGGCAUAGAGGUGAACCCCAGCAGACCCCUGGGGCAGCGUGCCAAGCUGCAGGAGCCCUCUGCCCAAGAGCAGCCCCAGGUCCUUAGCAAGAACGAGCCAAUACCACCCAGUGCCCUUGUCAAACCCAAUGCCAACGAUGCUCAGGUACUCAUGUGGCGGCCAAAGGAUGGGCCAGCCCUCGUGGUGAUACCUCCGAAACACCGGUAAGAGCAGCCUGGCGUCCCGGCACCAGAAGGGAGAAAACAAAACAUUUAGGUAUUAGAAUAUAUAUAUAUAUAAUCGGAGCGAAAUCAAAAUGCACUUUUUCUCCAUUCAACAGAAAUGCAAUCAUUCUACCUUCUCCCAUUGGGACGGAUUUCACUGUGCUAAAGCUAACGAGAAGACCUUUGGCUGGGGUCUGUCUCAUCACUGGAUUCCUAAGGGAAGAAAACUAACAUUAGUGUCUAUCCCUACAGCUUUUUUUCUUCCCUACUUUAGUUCCUGUUUGAACUUCAGGCUCAUCAGCUUGCCCAGACUGCCCAGAACAAUAAGAACAUUUUAGUUGGGAUUUUAGGAGUCUUUCUUUCAUUCUUUUUAGUUGAGAACAGAAGUUCCUGGAGCAAAAGUUGACUAUUUAAGUCAAGAAUAAGGAUUUUUUUUUUUUCAGCUGUAAAGGUUCUGAGUUGCAAAUCCAAGUCAUGCGGCCUUAUGUAGACUUUGCUUUGCAUUGCCAAACUUUUGCCUUAAAGCUACGUUUGAAACAAAAAUACCACCAGGCAGAAUGUCCUUCCUACAGGAUUGCGGGGAGAAAGUCUUGGAACAAGGAGGAGGUUGCCAAUGUGUCACAGGCAGAUGAAAAAGGCAUGGAAUUGGAAGAAGCACGACAAAAAAUCAGGUCUUCCUGGUCUUAAAGCAUGGAACAAGGGAGCAUGGAAAUAAUCCGGGUUUCAAAGCAAUGCAAAUAACCAACCUGUCGCAGAAUGUCUCUCGAGCGGGAGCUACUAGGCCACCUCCCUGCUUCACAGAAGGGGUGGUAAGUGAGCUCGUGCUGCUUCCACUUGCUAACCUGUCUCCCAUUAGCGUUAUAAUAUGGGAUAAUCUUAUAGGCAAAGGCAGCAGCUAGAAUUGAAGCCCCAUGAGACAACAUAAAUCAAGAGGGAAGCUGUUCCGCUGUGUUUGUCUUGAGAAAAUGAGGGUGUUUGGCUGCCAGCUCGCCCCCGAUCUCUCUUUCUCGUGGUGUUAACAGCUCACGGCUCGCACGCAGGCUGCUGUUGCCCCUCACUCCCAUGGAAUCCCAAGGAUGGUGCUGUAGGAAGAGCAGGAUAGCCACAAGAUCCUUCUGAAGUCAUUGGAGACUGUAAGCGAGGGCAGAUCUUAUCUACUGAGUUUACCCAGCUAUAUCCAUAAUUCAGGAAUGGCUAUGCCUGGAAAUAACAGGCAUCUAUUCUAGCAAACACUAUAAAAAAAGCUAUGAAAAAACUCUCUUCUUCCUAUGAUAACAGAUCAUGUUGGGGUUAACAGAGAAUUUGUUCUCCAAAUGAUCUCAUCAUCUACUUGACUUUCCGAAUGGGGCAUGGACAGGACCAUAGGUGACACCGUACCUGUCUGGCUAGGGACAAAUACCUACCUAGCUAAGGACUGUGCAUGAGAAGGUGCAAGAAGGAAAACACCUGGAUGUUGGGUGAAGAUGCUGCAGGAAAUAAGGUACAGCUGGAGCAGGGACCUGUAGGUUUCAAGGUCCUUGUCCAGACGGCUUCAGAGAUAACCAGAUGCCUUUCUGCAGAGCAAGGGAUACGGAAGAGCAGUUGGAACGGGAGCUUUGCAGGCAGGGGAAGUCGCAGGGUGGAAGUGGCAUCUGGAGGACAGGGCACAGGAGAUCUGCUCGCUCCAGACAAAUCGCUUCCCCUUUCCUCCGCGGCUCCUUCCCCCAAGAUAACAAUCCUUCCUCUUAUUCACGACUGGCCUCAAGAGUUUGGACUGGAGAGCGCUCGGUACCUCGCAGCCAGGCCUGGCCCUGCAGACCUGGCCUAAGCAGCUCCCACCGGCACAUGUAGCUCCAAGGCUCUCCUCGGAGAAACACCAAGUAGCUGCAGUCGCUACCACCUUCUUCCCCACGGGAUCUUACCAGCAAGGAAUUCUCCCUCCAAAGCCACAUACGUUGGCAAGAGGUUCGACAUCACCCCCUGCCUGAGGACACUUGGAAGAUACGUCCACCAUGAGAGUCUCCAACCAGCAAACAGGGAUACCCCGUCCUGGCAACUGUAUUCCCCCAUAUUCCGGAGAGCGCACCCGCCUCCGGGUCCUUUUCCAGGGAUGCUCGGCUGCGGAGGCAGGGAAAGCCCUGCUCCCUCUUCCCUGCUUCCUCCUUCCCGAGGUAGGAAGCCCAGCGUUACAAGCAGCUCGCAAACAACCGGACUGCAUCCCACCCCAAAUCCACAAGCCAAAGGGAGCCCAAAUCCAGCUUUGGGACUGACGGAUGAAGUUAGGGAGACUUGGCCUUGCACGGUCGCGCUCUCCGUCACACUCCACCUCCUCACGUGGAUUCCCAUCCCAAUCACAGCUCGACGGGCACGGCCCCUUGGGACUUGCCUCUACUUGCUCCUAGGCAAUACGUGCAGAAGAGGACAACGCUGGAGCUGCAGGGGAAUAACGGAUAAUACUCACACGCAUCGUGGCUGCUGCUUGGGUGUCCCGGGGGUCCCGCGGGUGGGAGCAGAAGGGGUGCUCGUGGCUGGCAUUCACUUUGUUUUCGGUGCUGAGUACUUACAGUUCUCACUGAUGUCAGCCUGGGUCCAAGAAAUCGGACCCAGUUGUCUUAAUUAGCUGCACGAAGGAAUUCCAAGGAAAGAUUUCUUCUCAGUCACCAAAAAUCACAUUCAGGGAACACCUACGUCCUUUCCCACCUCUCUUUGUGUUGGACUUAGUCUCCCGGCGCACUAAGUGAGCGAUUCUCCCCUCUUCCCUCAGCCUGAUGGACUGGAUGCAUCCAUGCAAUUUGAUACCAACCUCCUAGCUAAUUUGCCCGGUUGCACUGAUUAGAUCCAGCUGAGCAGUAAAUCUGAAAUUCACGUUUCACGUUGGGGUCAGCUUUGCAUGGACUUCUUCCCUUCCCAAAGGAUGCCUUUAGCCCGUGCCUCCUUCCAAACAUGCCCUCCCUCUCCGUGACCAGACACAGCAUAGAAAGGCAGCGCUGCCUCCUUCAAGAUUUCAUGCUUUGUGAAUAAAAGUGAUGUUUUUUUUUUUUUUUUUUCCUUUCCAAUGCUGCUUCGUUACAAAACGGACGAGGACAGAUUGACUGAACAUAAAAGGCAUGGUGGCUGGAAGUGACAAGUGCUAGAGACACCACUGUUGAGCUGGCUGGUGAACGACCACACAGUUAGACCGGGGAUUUAGAGGCCCCCGUGGGACUCGGUUGUCCAGGGUACCCUGUGGAGACCAUCAGCAGGGGUAGAUAAAGCUCCUUCCCUGCUGGCUCUUGGCAGCCGAGGGACAGACA